AUGGAUCUGCCUCAGGCGAUCUUCGUGUUGGGCGGACCUGGAUCAGGCAAAGGGACGCAAUGCGCUAUCAUUCAAAAAGAAUUUCUUAUUCCCCAUAUCUCUGCAGGGGAUUGCCUCCGCGAGGAGCAGGCAAACCCUAGAAGCCCCUACGCCCAGCUGAUUGAUGAGUGCAUCCGCGAGGGACGUAUUGUUCCUGUGCGUAUAACUCUGACGCUGCUGCUUCGCAAGAUGUUGCUGCUGGGCUUUCGAGGGUUUUUCUUAAUUGAUCGUUUCCCUAGAAAUGCAGACAAUCUAUCAGGCUGGCUCGCUAUGACGAACGGCACAGCGUUGCCGUAUGAAGUUGCGCGCAUAGCGAAGGAAUAUUCUUUUGAUACAAGUUUAGUAGAGACGAGCGAAAGAGUAGUAAAACUCUUUGGGUUUGCUUCUAUUGAUGAUGCUUUGAAGCAGCAAGCAGCAGCAGCAACAGCAGCAGGAGGUUCAGCAGAUGAAGCAGCAGCAAAUGCAGCAGCAGCAGCAAAUGCAGCAGUAGCAAAUGCAGCAGCAAAUGCAGCAGCAAAUACGGGCGGUUCAGGGGUUUCACGUUCUCAGCAGCAACAACAGCAACAGCAGCAGCAGCAGCAGCAGCAGCAGCAAGUGGAGGAAGAUGAAGAGUUGAUGCAGCAGCUGCAGCAGCAGCUGCAGCAAGAAAUAUCUGCAGGCAGGGGCGCAGCAGUAGCAGCAGCAGCAACAGCAGCAGCACCAGGAAGAGCAGCAGCAGGAUCAGAAGGCGCAUCAGCAGCAGCAGAAGGGGCAACACAAUUCGGAGCAGCAGCAGCAGCAGCAGCAGCAGCAGCGGGAGCUGAGGGAGUAUCCUUCCGAAAACCAACUGCAGCAGCAUCAGAUGCAGCAGCAGCUCUAGAAGCAACAUCAGCAGCAGCAGCAGCAGCAAUAGCAGAGCUGACUCCUGGUCAAGCUGCUGUGCUGCGGCGCUGUUUAUUUGCUUUGCGAACAGUCGGAUUAGAUGCUAUCCCAGCAGAAACAGCAACAGCAGCAUUAACAGCAGCAGCAGCAGCAGCAGCAGCAGCAGUAGCGUCUUCCAGAGUCCCUUCUGUGCACAACCCUCGGCUGCCUGCAUCGAACGACUUAACGCUUGGAGGCCGCGAGCUACGCGCCACUACAGCGCUCUGCGACUUCUUGGGGUCUCCUAUUGGUCUCUUCUAUCGAACGCCUGGCGUUCCUCUCGUUGCGCUGCUGGGCGAGUGGCGGACGGGGCCUGUGAGGGGUUGGGCGGGUUUGCUGUGGACGUCGACAUCUCCAUCAGCAGCAGCAGCAACAGAAGCAGCAGCAGAAGCAGCAGCAACACAAGGGGAUUCAGCAGCAGCAGCAGCAGCAACAGCAGCAGAAGCAGCAGCAGAAGACACCGAAGAAGAUGAGGAGUCUUUCUUUGCCUUCUCCAAAGCCUUGCAGCGGCUUCGCAUGCAGCCUCCUAAAGAUGCAGCAGCAGCAGCAGCAGCAGCAGCAGCAAAUGCAGCAGCAGCAACUGCAGCAACAGACAUCUUUAAUAAUUCUCAGCCCGCAGCAAAGCAGAGUCAGAGCGAAGCCUCUCAGUCGCCGCUGCCUCGCCCAGCAGCAACUGCAGCAGCAACAGCAGCAGCAGCAGCAAGUGCAGCAGCAGCAACAACAGCAACUGCAGCAGCAGGAAUGUCUGAUUAUGGGAGUCAAACUGCUGCAUCGAUAGAUGAGCCGGGAGAGAAUUUCAUAGGCACACAAACGUAUACCCCUGCUGCUGCUGCUGCUGCUGCUGCUACUCCUGCUGCUGCUGCUGCUUCUCCUGCUGCUGCUGAUGCUGCUGCUACGCCAUGUUCCUCCUCGCCGGCCCCCCUCCAGCAGCAGCAAACGGGUGCAGAUGAACCGUCGCAUCCAGAGCAGCAGCAGCAGCAGCAGCAACUGCAGCAGCAGCAGCAGCAACAGGAGAAGCACGAGGCUGCGCCUCUGUAUAAAACUCUUUCGCGGCUGUUUACACGGCUGUCUAUCCGGAAAGGUCGUAAAGGGCAGAAGAAACAAGAUGCAGCAGCUGCAGCAAGUCACAGCAGCAGGAGGUGCAGCAGCAGCAGCAGCAGCAACAGCAGCAACCGCAGCAGCAGCUUAUCUUCAGUGCAGCAAUCCGAUGUAGAUGUGCCGGUCUGGCUGCGAAGCGCAGCAGUAGAAGAAUACUGGGGUUAA